AUGUCUAGCAUCGAGGAAUUACGCAAUCGCUUUUCGGAAGCCCUCUCUCAAGAGAAUGUCGAGGGCUUUUUGGAUGUUUUGAAAUAUAUGGAUGUACAGGUCGAUAGGUCGGAAGCUCAGGGUCGAACACUGCUAUGGUACUAUGUGAAGAUGCGUGACUAUAAGAAAGUCGAGUUCCUUAUUAAGUGUGGCGCGAACCCUACUGUGGCAGACUCUAAAGGGCUAGCACCCAUUCAUGUUGCUUUCAUGCAGGGUGAAGUCAUCGACAGAAUCAUAGCACAGAUGUUACUGCAUUCGCGACCGACUGUUCCUGUAUCCGAGUUGCUUCAGAACGGCCCGAGUCUUGAUAAACUUUUUUCAAACCACGCCAAUACUCCUGACAGCGCCAAUGCCAUGAGGUUUCUUCUGAAGUUGGGUGCAGAUGUCAAUACUAUUCUUAACUCGGACGACGAAACACCGUUGAUGCAAGCAGUGCGCUACGGUGACCUCAAAGUCAUCAAAGUACUGCUAAAGCACAGGAACAUCAAUCUCUACGCGGAAAAUCGGUAUGGGUACACGGCAUUGCAUGUUGCUACUUGUCACGGUCAGCUAGGUGCAGUCAAUUUGCUCCUAUCCAGUGAACGCCUUGACGUGAAUUGCAGGGACCGCCUAGGCAACUCUGCCUUCUGGCUAUCUGUACACCUUAGGCAUGACGAUAUCAGCAAGCGGUUUCUCAAUGACAGCAGAUUAGAUGUCAAUUUCAGGGGUGGCACCAAUCCGCAACAGCAAACUACAGCCCUCUAUAUGGCCUGUUUUUGGACGAAUGUCCGGAUGGUCUCCUGUAUCCUUUCGUCGACAAAUUUACACAAAGUGAAUCCAAACAUUCAAGGAGAAAACAGAAAAAGUCCUCUUGGAAUUGCUGCGUACCAAGGUGCCUAUGAGGUAGUGAAAAUGCUGCUCAAGGUAGACGGUAUUCAGAUCAACGCAAAUGACGAAAAAGAAGACGAUCCUCUGUGGCUGGCAAUUCAAACGCGUUCAAUGUCGGUAGUUGAACUUUUCUUGAACGACAGCCGACUUGACAUUAAUUGCCAGAACAACCAAAAGGGAGAUACUUAUCUCAUUGCGGCAGCUCGAGAUAACCAUUUUCCCCUUGUGAAGAGGCUACUCGAAAUUAAGGGCAUUGAGCCUAAGAGAAGGAACAAGGAGGCUCAAAGUGCGCUAGAGAUCGCCCAUGAACUAGAUCACCCCCACAUCGUUCAAAUGAUGGCCGGUAGAGGAAGUGCGUGCUGA